AUGGAUUCUCCUCGGAAGCAGCACAUUCCAUUCUACUUAAACCGUUUUGAUGAGGAACCCGGAUACUUCAAUCUGCCUUUAAAAGUACGGCAUCAUUGGUUGCCUCGUUUGUUUCAUGCCGGCGCUAGGCACGUAUUCUCAGGUCAUCUUCAUUACAACUGUACAGCUACAUGGCUACCCGGACCUGGUAUAUCAGAAAGUCUUGAGUUGGUAACUACUUCAUCGACUGGCGCCCAGUUAGGCUCUGACGCUCCUGGCUUCCGCCUUAUUAGCCUGGAUCCACAUUCGGCUCGUCUUCGGCAUCGAUAUUUCGCACUCUCGGAGGCAGAAGCCUUGGUAGCUGAUGGUAGAUCUAUCUGUAUCGAUUCGUGA